CGUCAACACCAGCGCAGCCAUGCUGCUCCCACGGAUACUCGCGCCCGUACGCGCAUCAGUACAGAUACCCUCAACCUUUAUCCUUCCGGCCUCUCGCGUCAUCGAUGCCCUCCGCACUGCCAAUGGCGCCUCCGCACAUGCACCAACCCUGUCUUUCGUAAGACAUUCAGCACAUCAGGCUCAAGGACGAGCCAACGGCGCCAAGGAUGGGCCGGGAAAGCGACUGGGAGCAAAAAAGAGCGGAGGAGAGUACGUGAUUCCGGGCAACAUCAUCUUUCGCCAACGCGGCACCCACUGGUUCCCGGGCGAGAACUGUAAAUUCGGGCGUGACCACUGCAUCUUCGCCACCGAGUCCGGAUACGUUCGAUACUACAAGGAUCCCCUUAAGCACCCCAAGCGCCAGUAUAUCGGCGUGGCUCUCGAGAAGGAUCACCAACUACCAUACCCAAGAAACGCCCCGCGAGCAAGACGGUUAGGCUUCGUGGCCGUACCGGUGACGCAGACGGAAGCGGAAGCACAGGUUGUGGUCAACGAUUUGCAGGUUGGAGAGGGUCCUGGGAGUGACAGCAGUAUCAUGGAUACACCACGACCAGCGAAGGCAGUGGCCAAGGCCAAGAAGGGCUACGCCUUCCGCGAAGCCAACUGGGCGAUUGGUCGGGCAGCAGAGAAGGCGAACGUCCAGGUCAAGAAGUUCGUACCAGGCGACCGGUGGACAGCGUGGCGCAAGUCAAAUGCCAGGAUACAGGCCAACAUCGAGAGGAAGAAGUUGAGGAAUGCUGGAAAGAAGACAGCGAAGCCAAAGAAGAGGCAGCAAAGGGCUUGAGCGAGAUUCUUGGGUGUAUAACUAUAUGUGUAGGAACAACAGAAGCAUUGUACAUUCAGCUUGCUGGCAAACGCAUG